AAACCGAAAACGAAGGCGAUCGGACAAGACCUCCAGAUCAGCUGACCAGCGAGGCCGACCUUUGACCCCCGCCUGAUAGCACGGUGACCGGUGUAUUAUGGUCCGAAUUGCUUUAUCUCUGGCCAUCUCACGCCGUCUCACAGUCCCAGUCCCCUCAUGAGUGUGGUUCUCGCUGUCAAAAAGGCUUUCGUGGGACAGCCUGCGCAAAUUUCAACGGCGGCUUUGGAACUUGCAUGAGUGAUUACUUUAGCACUUGGACAAGAGUCAAGAUGGAUGACCAGAUGGUGGCCUACAUAACCCUUUUCACAUCUACGGCUGUGAUAGGGUUUGGCAUCGGAGCGGUACUCUCUUACUUCCACCUCCCCUUCAUCUGGACGCACAAGGUUGAUAAAGAGAGUAAACGCCAUGGAGGUGAACUUGUGGCAGAAGUUUUAAAAUCUCAUGGAAUACGUUACAUCUUUACUUUACCUGGUGGUCACAUCUCGCCCAUCCUCGUUGCAUCAGAAAAGCUUGGAAUACGCAUCGUUGACACACGACAUGAGGUUUCGACAGUAUUUGCUGCCGAUGCUGUUGCCCGUAUGUCUGGCACUGUUGGCGUAGCAGCUGUUACCGCUGGCCCUGGACUAACCAAUACUGUUACAGCUGUAAAGAAUGCUCAGAUGGCAGAGAGUCCUGUUCUGCUAAUUGGUGGAGCUGCUGCCUCUAUCUUGAAGGGCCGAGGAGCUCUUCAGGAUAUAGAUCAGAUGUCACUCUUUAAGCCUCUGUGCAAGUACUGUGCAACUGUCACCUCAGUAAGAGAUAUCGUGCCAGUCGUCCGGCGAGCUUUGCAAGAGGCCCAGAGUGGAACGCCAGGUCCAGUGUUUAUUGAAUUUCCCAUUGAUGUGUUGUAUCCAUACCACAUGGUUGCAAAGGAGAUUGGUGUCAAAGGCGAGGGCAAGUCCUUCAUGCAGAAGAUUGUGAACUGGUACCUUGGUAACUACCUUGACAAUCUCUUUGCUGGAGCAUGGGAUCCUCAGGACACCAAGCCUCUCAGGGUUAACAUUCCUUUUGCCAACCAUGAUUUGGUUCAGCAGUGUGUGUCCAUAGUUUCCAAGGCAAAGAAGCCAGUUAUUGUGCUUGGAAGUCAGGCAACUCUCCCACCAACGCCAGCUGAAGAUCUACAGCGUUCUUUGAAAACCCUUGGGAUCCCUUGCUUCCUUGGAGGCAUGUCCCGUGGGCUUUUAGGUCAGAAGAGCGACAUUCAGAUGCGCCAGAGAAGACGCGAUGCAUUGAAGGAAGCAGAUGUCAUUAUCUUGGCUGGUGCAGUGUGCGACUUCAGGCUGUCUUAUGGAAGGACCCUGGGACGUAAAGCCAAAAUUAUUGCUGUUAACAGGAACAAGGAACAACUAUACAAGAAUGCUGACAUGUUCUGGAAGCCAGCUGUUGCUGUUCUGGGUGAUGUUGGAACAUUCAUGAGAGACCUUGCAGCUGGUUUAACUGGAUAUAACUGUGACCCGGAAUGGAUCUCCACUCUCAGAGAAAGGGAUGAAGCUAAAGAAAUAACAAAUAAGAAGAUGUCUGAAGAAAUACCCGAGAUGCAUCUAAACCCGAUGAAAGUGUUUAUGGAGCUUGAGGAACUGCUUCCGUCUGAUGCUAUCCUUGUUGCUGAUGGAGGAGACUUUGUGGCAACGGCUGCUUACAUCCUUCGCCCCCGUGGUCCUCUCAUGUGGCUAGAUCCUGGUGCUUUUGGGACUCUUGGUGUCGGCGGAGGAUUUGCUCUGGGAGCCAAGCUAUGCCGGCCAGAAUCUCAGGUCUGGAUUAUUUACGGCGAUGGAUCCUUAGGCUACUCGUUAUCAGAGUUUGACACAUACACUCGCCACAAAACCCCUGUCAUUGCUCUUGUUGGAAAUGAUGCAGGCUGGACUCAAAUUGCACGAGAGCAAGUUCCCAUGUUCGGAUCCAGUGUUGCAUGCACUUUAGCAUACUGCGACUACCAUAAAGCUGCUGAGGGUCUUGGUGCAAAGGGCGUUCUUAUUGGAUCCAAAGACAAUGUAACUGAGAAACUAAAGGAAGUACAAGAAAUUUAUGAGAAAGAGGGAGCGUCAGUCCUUGCCAAUGUAUUAAUUGGUAAAACCAAGUUUAGAGAGGGCAGUAUAUCAGUCUAGAUUUUCCAUAAAGCCUUUAGAUAAAGUUUCAAAAUUUUUGUAUGAUAACCUAUUGGAUUUUUUAAGUUGGAAUUUCAUAGGAAAAAAAUAUGUUUUGUAAAAGUAUUCCUUGUUAAAACAUCAUUGCAGAUAUGAGUGCCUAUCUCUGUCUUUAUAUUCCAAUUGCAAAUACUUUAUAAAUUGUUUGGAAGACCAGGGUGCUACUAUGUAAAUUAUAUAGACUGUAAAUGGUGCUGAACAUAUGGAUGUACUAAAUGCCAGUAUGUAAGAGGUUCAUCAGUGUGCUUUGAAGAGUUGUUUGUUGCAUUUACUAGUGUUGUAAUUAAUUAUUCCCAAUAAUAUAAGUUGUAAUUUAACUUUUUUGGGUUGUAAGUGCAUGAUAUUAUUUUUAGUAGGAUGACUGUAUCUUCCCUUAACAAAUAUCAGAAUAAUUUUAGUAUUUAAUUUUUGUAAAUAAAGGAAAGGGGAAUGAAAUGAUUUAAUCUUAAGUAUUAACAUGCAAAUCUGUAGCACAGAAAGAAAAGUCCUUUACUGUCAUAUGCACUUGAACUAAAGACUAAAGCACAUAAUGUUUACGUAAGACUCAGAUUGCAUAUAUACAUGUUUAUAUAUAAAUGUAUAUGUAUUGUUAAUGUGUAAUAUUUUAUAUAUAGUGUGUCACAGUAUACUCAGCGUACUAGAAUUGAUAUACUGAUAUUUUUGUUUGUAUGUUUGAAUUUUUCUUUUGCUUAUUUGUGUAAAUUUAUAGAUUUUUAAAUUGGUGCAGUGCAUCAAUGUUUGGGUUAGACUAGGAUUAAGACUGUUCUUUGGCAACAGUCGGUGCAAUGCAUCAAUGCAAAUUGUAUAGAAUAUUUCAGGUUUAAGAAAGGUUUACAGUAAAGAUUAAUAUAUCGGUGUAUGA